AUGGAUUUAGACACUUCCUUCCUCUACUCUUCCCUCCCUCUUUUCUUUCUUCUUCUUACUUUCAUCCUCAUUCGUCGAUCUCUUCAAGUUCGCAAUAACUUACCUCCAAGUCCGCCUUCUCUUCCGAUCAUCGGUCAUCUCCAUCUCUUGAAAAAGCCACUCCAUCGAAGUUUCCAAAGCCUUUCGGCCAAAUAUGGCCCUGUUAUGACUCUCCGCCUCGGAUCUAAGCUCGCCGUCGUUAUAUCCUCGUCGGCGGUGGUGGAGGAAUGCUUCACUAAAAACGAUGUCGUUCUCGCCAACCGUCCUUGUUUCCUCAUUGGAAAAUACAUCGGCUAUAACUAUACUACCAUGAUUGUCGCUCCGUACGGCGACCACUGGCGGAACCUCCACCGAAUUGGUGCCAUUGAAAUCUUCUCUUCAUCUCGAAUCAACAAAUUCGUCGAUAUCCGGAAGGAUGAAGUGAAGGGAUUAGUACGAAAACUAUUGCACAAUUCGAUCGAUCGAUUUUCGAAAGUUGAAAUUCAAUCGGCAAUGUCAGAGCUGACGUUCAACAUCUCGAUGAGAAUGGCGGCCGGGAAGAGGUAUUGUGGCAAGGACGUAACGAACGAGGAAGAGGCGAAGAGGUUCAGGGAGUUGAUUAAAGAGCUUGUGGCGAUAGGAGGAGUAUCAAAUCCAGGGGAUUUCUUACCCAUAUUGAAUUGGAUCCCGAACGGUUUUGAGAGGCAAUUGGUUCAAUUGGGGAAGAAAGUGGAUGCGUUCUUGCAGGGGCUAAUUGAUGAUCAUCGCAGGAAGAAGGAAGAAGGAAGGAACACGAUGAUUGAUCACUUGUUUUCUCUGCAAGAAUCGGAACCCGAUAACUAUAACGAUCAAAUAAUCAAAGGAUUUAUAAUGGUAUUAUUGACUGCCGGGUCUGACACAUCAGCUGUGACAAUGGAAUGGGCCUUGUCUCAUCUACUAAACAAUCCCCAAGUGUUAAAGAAGGCAAAAGACGAAAUAGACAGUCAAAUUGGACAAGAACAACUCGUGAAAGAAUCAGACAUUUCGAAACUACCUUAUCUUCAAAGAAUCAUCUCUGAGACUCUUCGAUUGAAUCCUGCAGCACCCAUGUUAGUUCCCCACUAUGCAGCCAAUGACUGCACAAUAUGUGGAUACAAUGUGCCAUGCGACACAAUAGUACUAGUCAAUGCAUGGGCCAUACAUAGGGAUUCAAACGAAUGGGAGGAUCCCAUAAGUUUCGAACCAGAGCGAUACCAAAAGUCAGAAGCCAUGGAGGUACACAAGUUGUUGCCUUUUGGAGUGGGGAGGCGAGCCUGUUCUAGGUCUGCCAUGGCGCAUAGAGUGAUGGCUCUAACUUUGGCAACUCUGAUUCAAUGCUUCGACUUGGAGAAGGUUCGAGAAGAAGGCAUCGAUACGAAGGAACGAGUUGUAUAUCUCUACGUACUUGCUUAA